AUGCCUAAACCUUCUAAACAUAAAUUACAAAUAAAAAAUGCACGCGAAUUACUUGCUAAAAAGCGCAAGUCGAAUCAAUGUCAAAUUAUUUUUUAUAAAACAACUAAUCGUUUAAAAAAAGAAUCCGAAUAUGAACUUCAAAAAAUACAUGAUACCGUGGUAAAUACAGUCGAUUCAAUACCAUCUGUUCAAAAUGGGUUAAGGUUAACUAAGAUGCCACCUAUAAGUAAAAGUACACAUGCCGGAACCAUAAAAUAUUUGUGGGACAUUGUCGAUGAGCAUACGAUUUUGAUCAUUGAUGAAUAUCUGCCAGUUAUACAUAAAAAGCCUCAAAGCUUAUUUUUCCUGCAAUCCCAAUUAGUUGCACGAAAAGAUAAUUUUAGAAUUCACCAAAGUAAAUUAUACUCUGAUUUCUAG